AUGUCGGGAUAUAGAAGCACUUAUGAAAUGAGGCGAUAUCGAUUAUCAGCACCAGAUCCAUUCAGGCCAAACGACGAAUUAUUCAAUCACCCAAUCAAGCCAAGGCCGAAUUCACAAAUAAUUUUACCUACUUCGAUGAGUAGAUACAGCUCUGUUGUACUACCUAAAUCUGAUCAAGAAUUUCAUAUGCUGGCCAAAAUUUUAAAUUGGCCUCCUACUUCUCAUAAACGGGAUAAUAAUUCAAAUCAAACAUCAUCAUCGCAAAAUUUUCAUAAAAAAACACUUCAUUCAUCUUCUUCACCAAAAUUAAAAAAUCGAUUUAACGAUAGUGAUAAUGAUAAUAAACCAGCGGGUAACUUGGUUAGUGACAGUGAAAUAAUUCUAGAAGCUUCAAAAUUUUCUGUAACCAGUGGUGACAUCAUAACAAAUAAUCCAUCAUCAUUAUCAACCGCAGCGUUUUUCAUAUUACCUCAUGAUCGUUAUUCAAUGUCAAAACAUUCAGAGCAAAACGAGCAUUUUACGCAAAGUCAAGAUCAUUAUUCACAAAAUUCACUAAAACAAUCAUUAUCAUUCAUUUUACCAACACUUGAUUACGGAAUUGAAAUAUUCGAUCAAAUAACAUCUGACGAUGAUCCAAGAUUAAUAGUUUGGUCGAUAAUUUCUUCAUCAUCAAGAAGAAGAAACGAGGGAGAUUCUACCUUUUCAUCUUCUUCAUCUUCAUCUAACAAAUUCACAAUUAAAAAAAAAAAAAGUAACAUCAGCUCAAUUUCAAACAUCACACCUACAUCAACUUUAAAUGAAAAAGAAGAUAACGAGGAAGGUAAUGAGGAUGAUAAAGAAGAAGAAUACAAGGAAGGUGAAAAAGAAGGUAUCAAUGAUGCUGCUGGUGUAGGCGCUGGCGUAGGUAUCGGAACAGAAAUGAUAGGAUCUACUGGUACUAUUAUAGGUACGAGUGGUAGCAGUAGUAAUAAAAUAGUAAAAGCAACAUCCCCAUCUCAACCAUAUUCUACUCCACAACAACCGCCGCCUCUUUCACCAAAAGGAGGGGGUGUAGGAGACAUUGUAGCUUCAGGUUCUAGUUCUACUACACCUAUCACCGAUUCAAAAAACAUUUACCAUCAUCCACAUCAACAAAAUGUAAAUGAUACAAAUGGCGUUCCUGUUAUUGAAGUUGAAGAUAAUAAUGAGGAGGAGGAAAAUGGUGAAAUAUAUUCGUUUAAUUCUUUCAGAAUCUUCAAUUCGGCUGAUCUGACACGACUCCAUGUUCGUCUUAAUCGCUCAACAGGUGGUGAUCGUAAUCCGAGAAGGAUUUGUGUUAAUAAUACACAAAAAAGUUACGAGCACAAGAAAGAACAAAAUGUAAAUGAUACAAAUGGCGCCACCACUGCUACUAGUAUAAUAGUUACCACUCCACCAACUGCAACAGCGACGAUACUUAAUUUACGCUCUGCCACAACCCUUAAAGAUUUAGAAGAAGAAAAAUACACUAAAAGAGUUUCUUGGAGUACAAUGUCUUCGGUUGGUGGCGUUGAAGAACUUCACAAUAAUAGUGGAAGUAAUAACCAUAAUGUUGGAAGCAGUAGCAAAAGUAACGAUAAUACCAAUAACGAUAUUCUGCCACCAAAUAUAUCAAAUUUAAAAAUAAUUUCUCAAAGUUUUAAAUUUGGUUCAUCAAAUCGUAGUGGAGGCGGUGGCGAUCUUGUCACACCCACUACUCCUAAUAUUAAGGAUGAUAAUAGUAAUAUUUUAAAAACAAAGAAAAGUAGUAGUACAAUAGGGACCUUUUCAAUUCGUCAAAGCAAUAAUAAUAGUGCUAACUCAACUAGUAUCAAUUCUAGAAGUCAUCCGCAUCAUCGUCAUCAACAGCAAAAUGAGCAAUCAUACAAGUCUUUUAUAUUAAUGUACAGAUCUGAUGCGAUAGCAAAACAAUUUUGUUUAAUUGAAUGUGAUUUAUUGUUAAAAGUGAAAUGGGAAGAUUUAAUUCAAGUUGGUUAUAGUAAUAGUAAUGAUAAUAGUAAUAAAGAUAAUGUUGGUGGAGAUAAAAAAGAUGCAAAGGGCAAAAGAAAGGUGGCAGAACAUCAAGAAUCUGGAAUGGAAAGGAAUGAGGGAAAGCAAGUAGAGGAUGAACAACAAGAAGAAUUAACUCCACGACAAAAAUUAAGCCUUCGACAAAAAGAAAACGGCGUUGAUAAAGUUGUCGAAAGAUUUCGUUUGACAUGUGAUUGGGUCGCAACAGAAGUUAUUUUAACAAGAUCUUUGGAAGAUCGAGUAAAAGUGAUAGAAAAAUUUAUACAUAUUGCUCAGUAG